AUGGAUUUUUUAAAUAAAAAAAUUCAAAAAAUAUUAUUUAUUUGUAUUUUAUCAUUUUUAAUUGUAAAUUUAACUAAAUCAGAAAUUAGUGAAGUUAAAGAUGUUAGUAAAUUUUUAUCAGUAGGUGGAGGAGGUACAGGAGGAUGUCAACAUCCAAUUUAUUGUAAUGGUACAUUAUUAAAAACAAUACAAUUGACACAAGUAUUUAAUGAUUCAAAGACAUUUGUCGAUAUGCCAAUGAGAACAUCAAUAGAGAAUGUUAAUGAAUUGUUCAACCAACUUUUAUUGAACACCAGUAAAAAUGGUGGACCAAAUAAAGAGGAGUUGGCAGCAUUCCUCAGUGAAAAUUUCUACCCAGCAGGGUACGAAGUUGAGCCGGUUACACCAGUAGAUUGGGUGCCAAAUCCAAGUUUUUUAGAUGAAAUCACUGAUCCGAAUUUAGUGGAUUUCGCAAGAAGCAUCCAUGGCAAAUGGCUGGAAUUAACCAGAGUAUUCAACACCAGUGGAUUGUGUGACGGUUGCUAUAGUUCAAUACCUGUGAAUAAUCCAUUCGUAAUUGCAGGUUCAAGAUUCCGUGAGUUCUACUAUUGGGAUAGUUAUUGGAUCAUUCAAGGUUUAUUAGUAUCUGAUAUGACUACAACUGCCAAAGGCAUGUUAAGAAAUUUCGGUGAUAUGAUAACUGAAUUUGGGUUCAUUCCAAAUGGUGGUAGAAUCUAUUACUUAAAUAGAAGUCAACCACCACUUUUCACCCAAAUGGUGAAUAAAUAUUUUGAAGCAACCAAUGGUAGUGAUAUUGAAUUCCUUCAAGAGAUAUUACCAAUUUUAGACCAAGAAUACCAAUGGUGGAUGACCCAUCGUACAACAGAGUUGACCAAUGGGGAAACUGGCGAAAGUGUGAUUUUGAAUCUUUAUAAUGUAAGCAACAAUUCACCACGUCCAGAAUCCUAUUAUGAGGAUUUCACCGACGCUCAGUCAUUUUCAAGUGUUGAAGAAAAGGAUUAUUUCUAUAGUUCAAUUGCCAGUGGUGCAGAGAGUGGUUGGGAUUUCUCAAGUCGUUGGAUGAGUCCAUCUGACAAUACCAAUUUAACAACCAUCCAAACCGUUGAUGUAGUACCUGUGGAUUUAAAUUCCAUACUUUAUUUAAAUGAAAAGAUUCUUUCAUCAUUCCAUAGAACACUUGGCAACAAUUCAAUGGCAGUCUAUUACCAAGCUCAAUCCGAGUCAAGAGUGGAUGCAAUGCAACAAGUGUUUUUCAAUGAGGAUACUUACCAAUGGAAUGAUUAUAACUUGAAAACUAGCACAAACAAUGAGGCUUGGUAUACUUCAAAUAUUUUACCAUUGUUUGCCGACAUUCAAUCCUCAAUCGAUAUGGAUAACCAAGAGAUUGAUCUCAUCUUUAAGAGUUUGGCAAAUGUUUUAAUAGCCUAUCCAGGUGGUGUCCCUACUUCACUUAUCUCUGCCCAAAGUUUACAAUGGGAUGGUUUAAACGUUUGGCCACCACUUCAAUAUUGGAUCAUUGAAUCAAUUAUGACUCCAAAUACUACAUUUUCAAAUAUGAUUGGUAAAAAUUUAAUUGAUCGUUGGAUCACUACAAACUUUUGUGGUUGGAAUUCAACUUUGGAAUCUGAAGGUGGUAUGAUGUUUGAAAAAUAUAAUGCAAACUAUAUUGGUGUACCUGGUGGUGGUGGUGAAUAUGUUGUUCAAAAUGGUUUUGGUUGGACAAAUGGUGUUGAUUUAUAUUUAUUAAAAAAAUAUGGUAAAUCAAUAACUUUAAAUAGUUGUUAA